GCUCCACUCGGCGCAUCCCGGGGUUAUGGGAACCCAAAUCCGUGCGCUCCACUCGGCCCAUCCCGGGGUUAUGGGGACCCAAAUCCGUGCGCUCCACUCGGCCCAUCCCGGGGUUAUGGGAACCCAAAUCCGUGCGCUCCACUCGGCCCAUCCUGGGGUGCGGGAACCCAAAUCCGUGCGCUCCACUCAGCUCAUCCUAGGGAUGUGGGAACCCAAAUCCGUGCGCUCCACUCGGCCCAUCCCAGCAUCCCUCGGAGGCGGCGAUGGGGAGGGCGGCGAGGCCGGGGGGCCGAAGCUCGGCGAGGAAGGCGAGCGGGGGCCUCGCCGCCCCUUUUGUAAGGGCGCGACAAAGGCGGGCGAGCCAGCGCGCCGGCGUCCUCCCCUUCCUUCUGCUCUUCCUUCCUUCCUUCCUUCCCGAGGCGGGAUUAGCCAGCUGUCCAUUUCUAUCCGGCCCCGGCGGCGGCGGAAGCACCGCGGCCCUCGCCCAAACCGGGGGGAAAAGCCGGGGGCCGAUGCGGACACAACGCCGGAGGAGCAGCAGCCUGCCCAGGAGAGCGGCGGGGAGGGGCCCCGGCGGCGCCCCCGGAUCGCCGGAGCCAUGGCUUCGUCCCGCCUGCCCCCGGCCCCCGCAGUAGGUACCGUCGGCGCUCGCUUUCCGGGGGGGUUGGACGCCCCACCCGGCGCCGAGACGGAGGAGGACCCCGGCGAGGCCUGCGCCGUGGAGGACAGCGAGGAGGAGGAGGAGGAGGAGGAAGAGGAGGACUCGGAGGCCGGGCUGCGGGCUCCUCCUCGCCGCCGGCGCCCCUCGCCCGUGCAGCCCCAGGCCGAGCUCUUCCCAGGGGUGAGCAACGGCGAGGCCGGCUGCGGCUCCCACGUCCCCGCUUUCGGCUGGGAGAGAAAGAGCUGCUGCCGAGGCGAGCGCUUCGAGUUCCCGGCCGUGGAGGACGACGUGAUCUACGACGACGUCCCGUGCGAAAACCUCGAGGCCGAGCAGGACGGGCCGGAGCGCGGCCUGAUCUACGAGGACGUGCAGCGGGAUGAGGGGCCGCGGGAAGCGGAGGAUUUGGGCUGGAGCUCCAGCGAGUUCGAGAGCUACAGCGAGGACUCGGGCGAAGAGGCCAAGGCCGAGCCGGCCAAGCACCGGGCGUCCUUCCAGCCCAAGCUUUCUCCAGACCUGAAUAGACUAAAGGAGAGAUACGCCAGGACUAAGCGGGACAUCCUGGCUUUAAGAGUUGGGGGGAGAGACAUGCAGGAGCUGAAGCACAAGUACGAUUGUAAGAUGACUCAGCUGAUGAAAGCCGCCAAGAGCGGCACCAAGGACGGGCUGGAGAAGACCAAGAUCGCCGUCAUGAGGAAGGUGACUUUCCUGCACCGCAAAGAGGCACCAGGUGACUCGGAGGAGGAGGACACGGGCUUUCUGGAGGUGACCGUCUCCGACAUGAAGCACCCGCCGCCGGAGCUGAGCCCCAUGCCGGAGGGGCUGAGCCCCCAGCAGGUGGUUCGGCGUCACAUCCUGGGCUCCAUCGUGCAGAGCGAGAGGAGCUACGUGGACUCCCUGAAGCGCAUCUUGCAGGACUACAGGAACCCCUUGCUGGAGAUGGAGCCCAAGGUCCUGAGCGCCAGGAAGUGCCAGCUGGUGUUUUUCCGCCUCAAGGAGAUCCUGCAGUGUCACUCCAUGUUCCAGAUCGCCCUGGCCUCCCGCGUGGCCGAGUGGGACGCCACCGAGAAGAUCGGGGACCUCUUCGUGGCCUCGUUCUCCAAGUCGAUGGUGCUGGACGUGUACAGCGAUUACGUCAACAACUUCACCACGGCCAUGUCCCUCAUCAAGAAGGCCUGUCUCACCAAGCCCGCCUUCCUUGAGUUCCUCAAGAAGCGGCAGAUGGCCAGCGCCGACCGGGUCACGCUCUACGGGCUGAUGGUGAAGCCCAUCCAGAGGUUCCCGCAGUUCAUCCUGCUGCUGCAGGACAUGCUGAAAAACACCCCCAAGGGCCACGCGGACCGGCUCUCGCUGCAGCUGGCCCUCACCGAGCUGGAGACGCUGGCCGAGAAGCUCAACGAGCAGAAGCGCCUGGCCGACCAGGUGGCCGAAAUCCAGCAGCUCGGCAAGAGCAUCAGCGACCGCAGCGGCCUCAACAAGCUGCUGAGCUCGGGCCAGCGGCAGCUCCUGCUCUGCGAGACCCUGACGGAGACGGUCUACGGCGACCGGGGCCAGCUCAUCAAGUCCAAGGAGCGCAAGGUCUUCCUGCUCAACGACAUGCUGGUCUGCGCCAACAUCAACUUCAAGCCCAUGAAUUCAAGGGGGCAGCUGGAAAUCGGCAGCCUGGUGCCGCUGGGCCCCAAGUACGUGGUGAAGUGGAGCACGUCGCUGCCGCAGGUGCAGGUGGUGGAGGUGGGACAGGAGAGCGGCGCCUACGACAAGGACAACGCCGGCGGCCACAACGCCGGCGGCCACAACGCCGCCGCCAAGAAGCACGCGCCGGCCGGCCAGGCGUCCCACAACAAGGUCUACCUGGGGCCGCCGCGGCUCUUCCAGGAGCUGCAGGACUUGCAGAAGGACCUGGCGGUGGUGGAGCAGAUCACGCUGCUCAUCAGCACGCUCCACGGUACCUACCAGAACCUGAACAUGACGGUGGCGCAGGACUGGUGCUUGGCCCUGCAGAGGAUGAUGAGGGUGAAGGAGGAGGAGAUCCACUCGGCCAACAAGUGCCGCCUCCGGCUCCUGCUCCCCGGGAAGCCGGACAAGUCCGGCCGGCCCAUCAGCUUCAUGGUGGUCUUCAUCACGCCCAACCCGCUGAGCAAGAUCUCCUGGGUGAACCGGCUGCACUUGGCCAAGAUCGGGCUGCGGGAGGAAAACCAGCCCGGCUGGCUCUGCCCCGACGAGGACAAGAAGAGCAAAGCGCCUUUCUGGUGCCCCAUCCUCUCCUGCCACGUCCCUGCCUUCUCCUCCAAGGCCCUCGACCUGCAGCUCGGUGCCGCCGUGCACAACCCGGUGCAGUCCUCGCUGCUGGGCUUCUCCGCCGUCAGCACCUCGCUGCCGCAGGGCUACCUCUGGGUCGGGGGGGGCCAGGAAGGGGCCGGGGGGCAGGUGGAGAUCUUCUCGCUGAACCGCUCGGCCCCGCGCACCGUCAAGUUCUUCCCGGUGGCCUCGCCGGUGCUGUGCAUGGAGUACGUCCCCGAGGCGGGGGCCACCGAGCCGCCGGCCCCCGCCAUCUGCCUGGGCUUGCGCGACGGCAGCAUCGUGGCCUACGGCAGCGUGGACGCCGGCACCCAGUGCCUCCUGACCCGCCGCAGCCCCCGCUCGCAGCCCGUCCUCUGCCUCAAGCACAGCCCCGACUACCUCUUCGCCGGGCUGCAGGACGGCACCGUGGCCGCCUACGCCAGGCACGACGGAGCGUCCUGCAAGGUUUGGGGGGGUCCGGGGCGGCUGGCGGAGCAGCCGGCCUGCCUGGCCGUGGGCACCGGCCCCGUGCGGGCGCUGCUGGCCCUGGACGAGACCCUCUGGGCCAGCUGCGCCAACCAGGUCACCGUCCUCGACGCCGGCAGCCUCCAGCCUCAGCAAACCUUCGAGGCGCACCCGGACGCCGAGGCCAGCGUCACGCACAUGAUCAAGGCCGGCAGCGGCGUCUGGAUGGCUUUUUCCUCCGGCUCCUCCAUCCGCCUCUUCCACACGGAGACCCUGGAGCAUCUGCAGGAGAUCAACAUCGCCACGCGCACCACCUUCGUCCUCCCCGGCCAGAAGCACGUGCGGGUCACCAGCCUGCUCAUCUGCCAAGGUCUCCUCUGGGUGGGCACCGACCAGGGCAUCAUCGUGCUGCUGCCCGUGCCGCGGCUCGAGGGCAUCCCCAAAAUCACCGGCAAAGGCAUGGUGUCGCUCAACGGGCACGGCGGCCCCGUGGCCUUCCUGGCCGUGGCCCUCAGCACCCUGGCGCCCGACGUCCUCAAGAGCGGCAGGGAGGAAGAGGAAGGCGGCGGCGAGGAGGAAGAGGAGCCGGCGGCCCCGCGGCCCGGGGAGCUGCGGAAAAAAGGGAUUUUGCUGCAAUAUCGCCUGCGCUCCACCUCCCACCUGCCCGGGCAGCUGCUGUCGGUGCGGGAAGCGCCGGCGGGAGCCAGCCCGGAGCACACGGAGGAGGACGGCUCCGUCUACGAGAUGGCCGACGACCCCGACGUGUGGGUGCGGAGCCGGCCCUGCGCCCGCGACGCCCCCCGCAAGGAGAUCUCCUCCGUGGCCAUCGUCUCCGGCGGCCGCGGCUACCGCCGCUUCGGCACCGCCGGCCGGGCCCCGGCGCCGGGCAGCGAGACGGACAGCACCCUGCUCAUCUGGCAGGUCCCGCUGAUGCUAUAGCCCCGGCGAAAACCUAUUUUUUUAAGGAGGGGAAAAAAAAAAAAGGACUUCAUUGACUUUCCCCCCCUUUUUUUUUUUUUUUUUUCCCCCCUCUGAAAAACCAGCUCGUUUUUUUGGGGAAAAGGGAUGGGGUCUUUUAACGGGAACGGCGGCCUCCCUGCAGGCUUUGGAGGCGCCGGGAUUUCGCUGGGCUCUUCGGAAGAAGGCGUGGGCUGGCUGUGUGCGUGUGUGAAUAUAUAUAUAUAUAUAAAAAAUAUAAAUAUAUAUAUAUAUAUAAAUGAUGUAUAUUAUUACCUGUAUAGAGAAGCAAAUCUGUAUAUAUUGGGGCACUCGGAGCUGCGGAAAUAAAGCGGAGGUGUGAACGCGA